AUGGCUGGCACGGAAGAACCUGGUUUGCCUUCCAUACCGGAUCCGGCUUCUCUAUCUUCGCCAUCCAAACCACGUUCAAAUACCGGUACCUAUCCUGGCGCCGGGCCCGGUGGCUGGCCAAUCGACGGCUCUGCCUGGAGGAACCACCCUGCGAACCGUCGCUACCAGUUCUUCCAACUGGAGCAGAUGCACCAUGAGGAAAUCAACAGACUUGAGUGUACCGAGGCUUUCCUUCUUGGAGAUGAUGAGAAGAAGAUUGAAGAGAAGAUCGACACCCGUACUCCAAACACGACCAUCUUCACCUUCAACAAGGAAGACCACACCCUCGCCAAUCUCCUGCGCGACAAGCUUCUGAAGAAUAGCCACGUCACGUUUGCUGCUUAUCGAAUCCCGCAUCCUCUCUUCGCGAAAUUCGAACUCCGAGUCCAGACCGACGGCGAAAUCACCCCGAAAGAAGCCGUGCUGGCCAGCUCCCGCGACCUGGUCCACGACCUAGACGUGCUCAAGACAAACUUUACAAGAGAGUACGAGUUGAGGAAGAUGGUCGGCGGUGCCCAGAACGGCCAGUGA